AUGGAUUCUGAAACGCCAUCUACUUCGCAUGUAGAUAAUCAAUCAUCCUUCGAUGACAUUGUUGAGAAUACAAAUUUAAAUACACCAGAAUGCCCUAUAAAACUUAAAUCAUUCGUUGGUCGUAGCUUCCCCACAUUGGACAACGCAAUUGAAUUUUACGAGAACUAUGGGCGACGUGUUGUUUUUGAUACAAGGAAGAACGGUUCAAAGAAGGUUGAUGAUAUCACCAUAUGGUUUUACAUGGUGUGUAACAGAGAAGGUGAACAGAAAUUUAGCGAUCAACAACCCAAACGACGGCGUAAAUCGAAAAAAUGUGGAUAUAAUGCUGGUGUUGCAUUCAAAUUUGAUUCUGAUCGUGGUUACGUCAUUCAACAUUUGAACGAAGAACACAACCACCCCAUGGUUGAGAUACAACACCAGAAGUUCAUGAGAUUUAAUCGUAAACUUGAACAUGUUCAUCAAAAAUUUAUUUCGGAUUGUGUUGGUACUAAUAUUGGUCCAUCUCUCACUUUUAAGUUGUUGACUGAAUUGAUGGGCGGAUAUGAGUCUGUUGGGUGUACUGUGUUGGACAUCCGUAACUACACACGGGACAUCAGAAGAUACGCUGAAGGAUAUGAAGCCCAAAUGAUAAUAGACGAGAUGAAGAAGAAGAAAGAAAAUUGUGACGCCUUAACGUACGAGUAUGAAGUUGAUUCUUGUAGUCGACUGAUGCAUUUAUUCUGGUGUGAUCCUAUUGCUAAGAUGAAUUUCAUGCAAUUUGGUGACAUUGUCUCGUUUGACACUACGUAUUCAACUAAUAGGUACUCAAUGAUUUUCGCUCCGUUCACUGGGAAGGACAACCAUGGGCGCGCAGUGUCAUUUGGAGCUGUUUGUCAAGUGCAUGGCAUAGCUCCCAAGUUGAUAAUUACUGAUCAAGACUUGGGCAUGAAAGUUGCUGUUAAAAAGUUUGAAGAGAAGUGGAAGACUGUGAUGAAGACAUAUGAACUUGAAGGCGUUGAUUGGUUCAUUUCUAUGUUCGAAUCAAGAAGGGCUAACCUUGUUGUGUUUUUAAUGAAUUUCAACAAUGCUGUUGAUGCCCAACGAAACUACUCUGCAAAUCUGGAUUAUUUGGAUUAUAAUACUACCGCAAAGAUGAAAACAGAGUGGUCUCUUGAGAAACAUGCAUCUACAAUAUUCACAAAUGGUGCAUUCAAGGAAAUUCAAGAACAGAUACUGGAGGCUUAUAACCAUUGCAGCCUUAUAUCAAUAUCAAAUGAUUCAAGUCCAGAGGUUUACAAGGACUGGUGCCACAUCUUUCUUGUGUUGAAGAACAAAAAGAUGCGCUUGAUUCCUGAGAAUCUGAUUGGAGGUCGAUGGUUGAAAUCUCCUCUGCUUAAGGUUGUUCAUGCCAUCCAAUGCCAAGAUGUAGCAACACAUGUUUAUGUUGAUGAGAAGAAGAAGGCACAAGCAAUUUUGUUGGGAGAGAUGUUGGGUCUAUACCAGGGUGUUUCUGUCGAUAUUGAUCAAGUUCAUGAGCUAACAUCUAUAGUUCGUGAAGCAAGACAACAGAUUUUUGCCGAUGGCGUAGUAACGUCUACAGCCCAGAAGAAGAAACUAAUGGAGGAAUUUUAUGGUGCUGAGGCACCCCAGGAAGUAGAAGUACAACCUCCUGAAGUCGUCAGCACGAAGGGAGGUGGUAGUAGACUACCUUCAAGAGUGGAGAAGGCUUUGAAGCUUAAGAGCAAGCCUUUGCAUCAAUGUAAGAAAUGUCAGGAGUGGGGUCACCACGAUUCAAGGAAUUGCAACAAAUUCAAAGAGAAAGAAAAGAUGCGGUCUAGAAGAAAUUCUGAUGUUUGA